CGGAUAAAUAUUGGAAAAGAACAGAAAAGUUAAAAGUUUUAGACAUUGGUACGGGCUGCGGAAAUAUAGUUAUUGCUUUAGCGAAAAAUCGACCGGCCGGGAAUUUUUUGGCUGUGGAUAUCAAUAAACAAGCCUUAAAG